AUGGGUUUCAAAAAAACAUCGUUGGUUUUUUAUUUUCUCUUCAUCUUUCAGCUUCAGCAUAAUUUGCUUUUGGUUAGCUCACUACCUCCCUCCGUUGAAACGAACCAUGAGACUCUUCCUUUUAAUGCAUCAGUGCCAGAUGUUGAUGCGUUUAAAGUUAUAAAGACUCGUGAGUUAGCUGUUGUUAUCAAAAAGGGAGGAGGAGGAGGACGUGGUGGUGGCAGCAGUGGCGGCAGGGGAGGAGGAGGUGGCAGCAGCAGCAGUGGCGGCAGAGGAGGAUCAGGAGGUGGAGCUCGAAUCAUACCACGUGGUUGGGCAGGUGCAAUGCAUCCGGCCGGAUCGCAUUCUCAUCGUUCAAGCGGCAGCAUGAACCUUCGAGGGGUAGUGUCUGCGGUCGGCUGGUUGUGUUUCUCGGUGUUAGCCGGUUUAUUCUUGAUUUAGUCUGAACUUGAUAUAUGUACGUUGGUCUAGAUAGCACUAUGGCGUAUGUUAAGUGUCGAUCAUAUUCACUAAUUAGAAGAAUUGGUUUCAUUAGUUGCUUUUAUUUAAAUUCGUAAAAGCAAACGUUAACUCCUAUGAUAGCAUCGUCCACUUAUUUUUUUUUUUAAAUACCAUUUAGUGGGAUUAUUGUCUGUUUUAAUUCCGUUUGGUUCAUAAUUAGUAAGAUAUAUAGACAUGCAUAAUCUC